CUACAUAUGCAUUUGCCUCUGCAAACACGCAGAUGUCUUGUGCACUUACCCCCCUCUCUCAUCACUGAACUGGGACACUUCUGUUCCUGCUUACGACAACAAGCAAGUUCGGUGGUUUGACUCAGGAGAGCUGCUGGGCGUUCAAGGUGUGAAUUUGAAGAGGAGUGUUUGCAACAGAUUAAAAGAGUUGUGUUGGAGGCACGAGCGCUGGUAACGGGAAACACCUUGCGCUUUCGAGUCUACACAUCUGGGAAGUGAAAUUUAAUAAUAGUUACGGGAAAUCAGAAAGCAUAAAACAGGGGUUUGUAGGUGUGAUUUGGAGCGGUGAUGGAGUGGCGUCAGCAGUCUACAGUCAGCUGUGAUCUUGCAUUCCAGGAGGCACAAAGAUGGCUUGAGGAAGUGACCAAAAAGCGGUUUGAAAGCAAAUCCUUUCGAGUGGCCUUGGAGGAUGGAGUCCUUCUGUGCGAUCUGAUCAACACGCUGAAGCCAGGUAUCAUCAAGCGAGUAAACAGGCUUUCCACCCCCAUUGCAGGCUUGGAUAACGUGAAUGUGUUUCUCAAGGCUUGUGAGAAACUAGGGCUCAAUGAAUCACAGCUCUUCCAUCCUGGAGACCUGCAAGAUGUGUCCACGCGUGUGACCGUCAGACGUGAAGAGACGAACAGGAGACUGAAAAACGUUUUGAUCACUAUAUACUGGUUGGGGAGGAGGGCCCAGUCUGAUCCGUUUUACACUGGACCACAGUUGAACCUAAAAGCCUUUGAAGGUUUGCUGGGCAUAGCAUUAUCUAAGGCUCUGGAGGAGUCUGUGCAGUCCAGGUCAAGUGUGAGGGACAGUGGGUAUGCGGAGGGCUGGUUUUCUGACAGGGAGGAACUGUUCAGUCUGAAGCAGUCGGGCUACAGUAGGGAGGACUCAGUCGAGAGCCUGGACUCAGUGGAGUCUCGCACAAUCAGUGUGGCUUCAGACUGCACCCUCAGAGCCGGCAGUGAAGGUUGCUGUAGUGACGCAGAAGCGGAACAUUGCUUCAGGAUGGCGGAAGGCAGUAAAAGUGAUGCCCCCAUCAGAGAAAGGGUGCAUGUCCCGUCUGCCCUGAGGAAGAAAAGACAGGAAUACCAGCAGGGAGACAGAAGUUAUGCAGGCCACCUCACUAGAUUUCCUAUGAGACACUCUCAGUACACUGGAAGCAAAUCCAUGGGUGACGUAACAUUGGAGCCCAUUCCCCAGGAAUCUGACAACUGCUCCAGCUUUGACCCACUGGGGUCACGCCAUGUUCACCAGAGGUCUUUUGGAAAGCUGAGCCUUGAACCCUCCGCCAAACAGAGAUUUCAAGAAGAGCAGUUACAGAACAUCCGGGCCAGAAUGAAGGAAAGUGAGGCCAAGUGGCACGAAGAUCUGAGCAGGUGGAAGAGCCGGCGGCGGAGCACAAACUCUGACCUCCACAGAAAGCUUGAGGAGAGGGAGCAGAUUGAACUUAUUUGUGGGGGAGGGACCAGUGCCGUCAGGACUGCACAGCUCAUCGGGGUGCCGGAGGAGAGCUACAACAUGCCUGGACCCAUGAGUGAUGCGGGGUCCAGUGUGAGCAGUACUAGGCUAACUGGGUGGUCUACUACCUCGGCUUCACCCCUCAGGAACGGGACAUCUUCUGCUCUGACCAGAGGCACUGACUUAGAGACGCCUGACUCAGCCCAAAUGUGCACCGGUGAAUUUUUUAACCCUUCAGCAGCUGUUGUCUAUGAACAGAGUUCAUCGAGCAGCCUGGCUACCAUGGAUCCAGACCCCUACGAGCAGCAGGGUCCAGACUUCAGCCGCCGCGCUAGUCUCCUAGAAAGCUUUUAUGCAGGGGGAGCACGCAUGUCUGCCACUCUACCAAGGGGUUUCAGAAGGUCAGAAGGUUGCUCGCGCCUCUCCACAGGCGUCACACCACGUCCAUUUGGAGCCAAACCCUCCAAAGUGUCCUCACUCCCCAAAGUGUAUUCCAUUGAUGACUCUCAUAAAAGCCUGAUCGGUGGACACAGAGACUAUUCAAUCACCCCCUCUUUCCUCAGCGGUCAAGGAAAGGUCACAGCCUCUGCCGACACAGGCCACUCUCGUUCAAGCACUCAUCCAAUCAACCCUAAGAAAGAGGAGGAAGAGAAAAGAGAUGGAAGGUCAUCAGCGCCUCCCAUGAACUCUUUUGUCACUAAAGUGACCAUGGCCGCUUCAGUUGUACAAGCAUCUCCUCCUGUUGCCUCAGAAACAAGAGAAAUUAAGGUGGGUCAAAGUGAAAUGCGAGUCUGCUUGAAUCAGAAGCCUAACAGCGGGAGAGACUUUGGAUUCAAGGCUUACUGGGACUCCACUGGUGCUUGUGUCAAAUCUGUUCAAGCAGGCAGCCCAGCAGAGUUGUGUGGUCUGCUGAUGGGCGAUGAGAUCGUGGCGUUGGGUGGAUGCAGGGUGGCUGAAAUGAAUUAUGAGCAGUUUAAGGGCAGCAUGGACUCAGCACAGCAAAAGGGCACUUUACUUAUGGACAUCAGACGACAUGGCCAAAAUGACUGGGGCAGUAGCCACCCUUCCCUACCGUACAAGAGCCAUAAGACCAUCAAUUUGACCAGUGCCAAUUCAACACUUAUAGGGCGGCCAGAGCACUAUGUCUCGAUCAGCACAACCUCAAACUCUCCAGUGGAGACUGUGGUGAAGACACAGGUCAACGGACAGCCUGCUAAAGGAGUACAAUCUAAAAUGGUGAAUGGACGUAUCCAGGACAAUCCAGUUGCUCUAAGAAACAAAGGUGGCUCGGAGUCUGCAAUCUCUGAUCUUCAGGUUCCCUCCAUCAGUACCACCUCCUCUCGCUGGUCAUGGGAUCAUGAAGAGGAGAGGCGGCGGCAGGAGAAAUGGCAGAUGGAACAAGAGCGCCUCCUGCAGGAGAAGUAUCGACGUGACCAGGAGAAGUUAGAGGAGGAGUGGAGAAGAGCUCAGCAGGAAGUCUAUGGAGAGGAGAACAGUGGUCCUGAGGAGCUGAAAUGCCUUGAUGCGCUGUCCAAUGGAAAUACUACUCCUCAUAUUCCACCUCAUAUUGCUACCACUUCAGUGGCAUCCAGUCAGAUUGCAGAGAAGGUGGGAGCAGCACAGAACAGACAGGCCGCUGUGCAAAUACCAGCAGGACACCAGUCAUUUAAGGCAGAAGUGGAGUGCGAUUCAACCACAAAGAGUCAGUGCUCAGAGGAGUCCUAUGGGUUUGCCAAGCUUACAGUUUCCGACAGGGCAAAGUCAAAAUCUACCCCUGCACUUGAAGGCCUUCACAAACAAGAUGUUAAAGGGAGCGGUAAAAAGAAGGGACAGCUGUCGCAGGCAGAAAAGGAACGUCUGCAGAUCCUGGAGGAGAUGAGGAAGAAAACACAGCUCCUCACGGAUGGUAGUUGGAUCCGUCAGCGAAAUGCCAGCAUCAACAAAGAGCCCAUCACUGCGGGAACGUCAGUCAAGAGAUAUGAUUCGCUGGACAACCUCCACACAACCAGCUCCUGGUCCAGGCAGUCCUACACUUCAGGUAUCUCAAACAGACCCCAUUCUGCUUUGGGCAGCACUGGCACUUACAGGAGCGGACGGAGCAGCUUGGGCCCUGGCUCAGCGAUCUUCAAUACUGGUCUUAAACAGAGCUCCAACUUUCCCACUACGACUGAGCCCUCAUUCCCUGAGUCUCAUCCAAACCCUCAGCAGCAUGGCAGAAGGAUCUCACUCUACCUGACCUUUAACCCCAGUGUGUCAGGUGCAGGACUGACCUUGGGAGAGGGGCUGAGUCCGGAGCUCAGGUCAGAGUCAGACACGGACAGCUCUUCUGUAACACCUGCUACAGCAGAGUCAGAGUCUGUCCCUCCAUCUCCAAGUGACCAGAAUCCAUUGCAACAGAUCGAAGAGGAAUGUACCACAGAAACGGCCUCAGGAAUCACAACUAUUAGUACAAUGUAACCACUGCAGCAGGCUUUAUCCACUGCUUAUUUUCACGGCUUUGACAAUCAAUACAUUGAGAAUGAUAUUUCUGUGAUUGUUUUCAUAGUAUGACUGCUACGUAGUGAAGAGUUAGAACAUGUUAUUUUGAUCACUGCUGAAACCCCUGAGGUUGUUUCUGUACUAGCUGACAUCCGUGGGGAGAUAUAGAAAGUAAUGCUUGAACAGUUAUGCAUUCCAUGUAGCAAGUAAUAACAUGUCCAAUCUGUCCUUUGACUCAUAAGAACUGUUUUAUAUGCUCUUUUUUGAUGCAAGUCCUUGUUGAGAACUAAUUUGUUUAGCAUAUAUGAUAUUCUCUCAUGUCUUUAAUAUAAGCUUUCCUCUCAUAAUUAUUUAAUAAAUGUUCAAGCACACUUUAUUUGGUAACGAAA